GCCGACGCUGACUAGUGCUGACUACGCGGGCAUUGCAAAUAUCAUUGUACCCGUCAAACAAUUAGUACUCACUUUUGACCAACUAUCUAUCAUUUCCACAAAAUGACUGAUGCGCCCCGUAGUGUAUCUGGAGAACUUGAUCCAGACUCUGAUAAUGAAUCCCAUCUCGAUCAUGGUGAUGAACUCGGGGCAGGGGAGCCGAAUAAACCAGGCAGGAAAAAAAAUCCAAACUCACAGGCAGCGCGUCGGGACCAGAAUCGUAUAGCUCAGCGCGAGUUUCGCCUGAGGAAGCAGCAAAGGAUUCGUGACCUCGAAGCACGUGUAGAAUUGCUUUCUGCGUCCCAGGAUGAAGCUCUGACUGACUGCAGAGCAAUUCUCAGGGAUCUUAUGACCGAAAAUCAGGUCCUUCGCGGCCUCCUAAAGAGCGUGUCCGGGUUUAUCGGCGAUGGUGCCGGUGGUUUGCUGGUGAAGCUUGGUUGGGAUGCGGCAGACUUCGACAGCUUCAUCAACAAGGCAGAAACGGAUACUGCAUGGGAGAGUUUCCAAGCUCGCAAACAUUCUCAAAAGACUUCGCAAACAUCAAAUGCCAUGAGUUCAAUGCUUGGCCCGUCGAAUAACACAGGAAAGCGUCCAUCAGACGACGAUAGUGGGCCUGGGCCGGCGAAGAAGGCAAGAGGUAUGAGUAACUCAGAGCAAAACAGUGACCGUCGGGACUCUUACCCGCUCAUGCUACCUGUGAGCUCUGCAGUGCCUUCUGCUAGCUCCUUAUAUCCCCCACCACCCCCGCAAGGACGCUCUCCUCAGGACAAUAUGUUUUCGGAUCUUAUGCAGUCAGCGAAUUCGCCUGUCUUCAUGCCCUCCACAACGUCUAGUACACCGAGUCAUUAUACUGCUUCGGCUGAUUUUCAACCUUAUGUGCCCCAAAUGUCCAUGAACGUCGAGCAACGCUUAGGGGCAAUGUCCUACCCCACGAACAAAACAAAUGCGGCUGUCUCUCAGCAGCGGGUUCCUCAAAACUCUUCCAUUGAAGAGCCUGAUGAUCAAGAUAUGGCAGAACUUCGAGAUCCCAAGAAGAUUGAGGCCAUGAAAUUAAUCAAAUAUCACCUCGACAAUUUCAUGAGAAAUAGUGCUUAUUGUCUUCCGGCUUCAUUACGGCCAACUCUGGUGCAGAGAACGAUUAAUCAUGAAAGUGUCAUCGACCGUAUCAUAUAUCCUGAGCUCCGAGACCGUAUCAUCCUUCUUCGAGGGCAAUUUUCAUUAGCAGACUGUCUCUUUGACUACAAGAAGGCGGUCAAGCUUCAUGGAGAUGAUGUUCUUGCCCAGCAUAACUGGGAACUUGCUGAAUGGUGGUUACGGAAAUACAGCUACCUUAUCGAUAAGGCAACCUUAAAUGUCUGUAAUCGCUGGAGACGCGAGCGCGGUGAACACGAUUUGUUGUUAUCUGAUAUCGGUGCUCAAGGGGAUUCUCCUGCGUCCUAGGACUAAUGUGGUUUCAUGCUGGAACCUUGUAAACUUAUUAGUGUACAUAAUUAUACGUGCGCAGACUU